UCCCGAGCCAGAACUCGCCGGAGGGACACGGAGCCCCGAGCCCUGCACCAGGCCCCCGCCCCACCUGCCAUCACGGAGCAGGUGGCCAAACAGCCCUUCCGGCCCUGCCCUGGCCCAGCCAGGGCAGUAAGAGCUCACUUGUCCCCAGCUCGGUUCCCAGCCGGGUUCAGCUUGUGAGCACGAAGCCCCUGACUGCCCAUCCACACCUGCCUGGCUCCCCCCGGCUACGCCAUGUCUGGUUCCUACGAUGAAGCCUCGGACGAGGUCACAGACAGCUUCUGGGAGGUGGGGAACUACAAGCGGACGGUGAAACGCAUUGACGAUGGUCACCGCCUGUGCAACGACCUCAUGAGCUGCGUGCAGGAGCGCGCCAAGAUCGAGAAAGCCUAUGCGCAGCAGCUCACCGACUGGGCCAAGCGCUGGCGCCAGCUCAUCGAGAAAGGUCCACAGUAUGGCAGUCUGGAGCGGGCCUGGGGAGCCAUGAUGACAGAGGCAGAUAAGGUGAGCGAGCUGCACCAGGAGGUGAAGAACAGCCUGCUGAACGAGGACCUGGAGAAGGUCAAGAACUGGCAGAAGGACGCCUACCACAAGCAGAUCAUGGGUGGCUUCAAGGAGACCAAGGAGGCAGAGGAUGGCUUCCGCAAGGCCCAGAAGCCCUGGGCCAAGAAGAUGAAGGAGCUGGAGGCGGCCAAGAAGGCCUAUCAUCUGGCUUGCAAAGAGGAGAAGCUGGCCAUGACUCGGGAGAUGAACAGUAAGACGGAGCAGUCGGUCACCCCUGAGCAGCAGAAGAAACUUCUGGACAAAGUGGACAAGUGCAGGCAGGACGUGCAGAAGACUCAGGAGAAGUAUGAGAAGGUGCUGGAGGAUGUGGGCAAAACCACACCCCAGUACAUGGAGGGCAUGGAGCAGGUGUUUGAGCAGUGCCAGCAGUUUGAGGAGAAGCGCCUGGUCUUCCUCAAGGAAGUCCUGCUGGAUAUCAAACGGCACCUCAAUCUAGCGGAGAACAGCAGCUACACCCACGUCUACCGAGAACUGGAGCAGGCCAUCAGGGGCGCCGAUGCCCAGGAGGACCUCAGGUGGUUCCGCAGCACCAGUGGCCCUGGAAUGCCCAUGAACUGGCCUCAGUUCGAGGAGUGGAACCCAGACCUCCCCCACACCACUGCCAAGAAGGAGAAACCACCUAAGAAGGCAGAGGGGGCCACACUGAGCAAUGCCACAGGGGCUGUAGAGUCCACAUCCCAGGCUGGGGACCGCGGCAGUGUUAGCAGCUAUGACCGAGGUCAACCAUACGCCGCCGAGUGGUCAGACGAUGAGAGCGGGAACCCCUUCGGGGGCAAUGAGGCCAAUGGCGGCGCCAACCCCUUCGAGGAUGACGCCAAAGGGGUACGUGUGCGGGCACUCUACGACUACGACGGCCAGGAACAGGACGAACUCAGCUUCAAGGCGGGAGACGAGCUCACCAAGCUGGGAGAAGAAGAUGAGCAGGGCUGGUGCCGCGGGCGGCUUGACAGCGGGCAGCUGGGCCUCUAUCCUGCCAACUACGUUGAGGCCAUCUAGCUACCCUGCCCAUCCAAGUCCUCUCGCUCCUUGUCCACCGCUCCCACCCUCUCCCUCCCCUCGCCAUAGAGUUCCAGACAUAUUUUCCGAUCAAGCUUUUAUUUUUUUAAAAGUCAAAACAGAACAAAAGAAAUACAGAGACAGCAUUUGCGGCCUACCUGGAUGGAGGCCAGGGUGGUGGGGCUCAGGACGACGGCCCCAGUGUGGACAAGGGGUUUAGCCCAAUGUCACAUCUGCCCUACAGAGUCCACCAAAGAGUCUCCUGAGUCCUGAGGGAUACCUUCUGGAUCCUUCUACCCUGCUUUGCACCCCUGCCCCACCUCAGGCUGCCAGCAGCUGCCCUUGUCACCUGAGCCUGGCUUCUUCACCUCUUCCUCCUUCCCUCGCUACCCCCUCCCAACUUCUACCACUAAGCCCCUCUUUUUAUUUAUUUAUUUGUUUAUUUAUUUUUUGUUUUUUGUUUUUGGUUUUUCAAGGCAGGGUUUCUCUGUGUAGCCCUGGCUGUCCUGGAACUCACUUUGUAGACCAGGCUGGCCUCGAACUCACAGAGAUCCACCUGCCUCUGCCUCCCGAGUUCUGGGAUUAAAGGCGUGCGCCACCACCGCCCAGCUUACUGCCCUCCUCUUAAAGGCCUCCUCCACAUCCCAAGAAGGAGGCCUCCCAAUCUGUAGUCUUCCACUCUGCCCUGGGGGUGCUGUUCUCCCAGUCCUGAUCUUUUGAUCACCCUUCUCUGUGGAGCUUCCAGGGCUCUCCAGAGCUAGAGGAAGUGAUGGUGUCCAUGGCACACGGGAGAGUGAGGGGAAGAGCAGAUCCUAUCCAGGCUGUGCCAACCUCUCAGUGCCAGACCCAUUUUGAGGGAUGAAAACCUUGUCUGGGCCUGUGGUCAGAGGCUCCCCAGAGCCACUCUGCAGCUAGCAGAGGCCCUGCCCCUCUCCUGAGGCCUUGACACCGGGCAAAGGCCCCCUCACCCAAGCCCAGGGCAAAGCCAGCAACAGUAGCAGCCUUCUCCCGUUCCAUGGGGAAAAGGCAUUGGGCAUCCGUCCCCCGUCCUUCAUGGCCAUCCAGAAAUGCCCCACCCCUUCUCUGUGUCAGCAUCGGCCUUUGUGAAGCCAGUACGCAAGGCUGUCAACCUCCCUUUUCUUGCUUCUGUCACCUGGCCAGCCUGGGAGACACGGGCUCAGGGGAGCAUCCAGGUCCCCUCUAGACUGGGGAGACACGGGCUCAGGGGAGCAUCCAGGUCCCCUCUAGACUGGGGAGACACGGGCUCAGGGGAGCAUCCAGGUCCCCUCUAGACUGGGGAGACACGAGCUCAGGGGAGCAUCCAGGUCCCCUCUAGACUGGGGAGACACGAGCUCAGGGGAGCAUCCAGGUCCCCUCUAGACUGGGGAGACACGGGCUCAGGGGAGCAUCCAGGUCCCCUCUAGACUGGGGAGACACGGGCUCAGGGGAGCAUCCAGGUCCCCUCUAGACUGGGGAGACACGGGCUCAGGGGAGCAUCCAGGUCCCCUCUAGACUGGGGAGACACGGGCUCAGGGGAGCAUCCAGGUCCCCUCUAGACUGGGGAGACACGGGCUCAGGGGAGCAUCCAGGUCCCCUCUAGACUGGGGAGACCCAUGGGCUCAGGGGAGCAUCCAGGUCCCCUCUACACUGGGGAGACCCACGGGCUUAGGGGAGCAUCCAGGUCCCCUCUACACUGGGGAGACACACGGGCUCAGGGGAGCAUCCAGCCUCGCCCUGGACGGGGAAGCCAGCAGCCCAGGCUUGCAUGAGAAAGGAGCUCUGAAUGGUCACCUUAUCUUUCUUGUCCCUUUUGGUUUUCCAACAUUACCCCCUGAAUGCUGGCAGCCACCUCCCCCAAUUUCUCUAAGCCUGAGUCUCCAUUAAAGGACUCUGGGUGGUGGGAAGGGACACAGGGCCUUGUGGGUGGAAAGCACGUGGCAGCUCUCCUUUGGGUGGCGUGGGAAGCAGACAGGCUGGAUAACACCCCACAGGGGAGAAUGGUCAGAGUCUGUUUAUCCGGAACUUUGGGAACAAGGACCUGAGGAGUCCCAUGCUCACAGCCAGUAUCUACUAGGCCUCUGAGCCACUGACACCCUCUGCCUCCCGGAUUGGGUGGCUUUGGGGCCUCCAGGGAAAGAGCAUGCAUCCCUAUGUUCUCUAGGACCCUUUAGCUACUUCUGACACUGUCAGGUCACGGACCCGGGAUUGGGGCUCUGACCCUCUUCUCAUGGUUAGGGCAGUGGCAGGGGCCUGUGGGGGGCAGUCCUUCCUCAGGACCAUGAGCGUGGCACCCCAGGGCUGCCAGCAUCCCCUCCCUUGUCACCAUUUGCCCUAGGGACUGAGGGUGCUGGGCCCCUCAGGACCUGAAGCAGGAUUCGGAACCUUCCUUUUUCCAUAGCUCUUCCUGCCUCCCCGGCUGGCAGGAAUCCACCACCCCAGAAAGGCAAGAAGCCGCCAUGUUUGCACCUUGGGGCCUGGGCUCCCCCUCUGCGCUAGCGGCUUCCCAGCACCUGGAGAGGGGCUGUGGCCUUGACUAGACCCCAGGCCUGCCCCCCUCAGCACACUAGCUGCCCAGUCGUGGGCAGGGACUGGAAAAAUCUCUCUCUCUCCCUUCAAUGACCCCAUCUGUGACCAGACUUGGUCCUCAAGCUUCUCAGCACCCCAGUGCUGGAGGGUCCCUGGGAGUCCCUAGAGCCCUGAGCCUGGCCCCACCUGUCAUGACUGGUGUCCGGGCACACAUACCCUCGCUGUGUCCACACCCCUCCUGUUCUCCCCAAGGGCCCCACUGAUGCUGCACGGGACCCUGCAGGGCUCGGUCAGUGAUGUGUUUUGUCCCCAGUUAAACCACCAUCCUGCAGCCUGGUUCCAGGGAGGAGCCAAGGUUGCCCCACCGCCCGUCGCCACCACUGCGUCUGCCGCCCUAGGCUUCCUGACUCCGUUAGUUCCGACACAUUGAAACUCCGAGAAGUGCUGUGGUCUCAGCAAUGUUUUGUACAUGAUUGUGUGAUUUAAAGGUAUAUAAAUACAAAUAUAUAUAUAUAUCAGUUGUGACUGUAUGACUGUGGAUAAACCAGAAUUCUAUCACCUGCCUUGUCUUCUGAGUCUCUGU